AUGAUCAUCGAACUCUCCCUCAAGCUGGCCAUGGUCUAUGCCAAGAUGGAGGAGAGGGAGAAGGCGGAGUCGGGCUUUGCCUUCUGUCUGAUGAUGCAGCAACAGAACUGUGCUGGCAUUCCGAACGACGGGGUAGAAGGAGGAGGCGCAGGAGAUGGUAGCAAGCCGCCGCGGGCACAGUUGUCAGAGGAAGACCAUAAUAGCCUGGCUCUCCUGGGUGUCGUACAGAACUCCUAUGCCCACUACGAAUUCCUUGAGGGUCACUUGCCAGCUGGGCGGAAACUACUGGAGGCUGCCCUGAAAACGGCGCGCAGAGUCUAUGCGCCCUACCAUGCCAAUUGUAUCCAUCUACUUUCUGACCUGGCCAACGUCGAGAGCCGACUAGAAAUGCCCAAGAAUGCUCGAGCCCGGCUUGAGCAGGCUGUCGACCUGCUCAAAUCUGUUAGCUGCCCUGCCUCGAAGCGUGAAAAGCAGGAGUGCGUGACUGCCCUCUGCAGCCUCUACUGCCAGUGGGCUUUGCUAGAGGCCAACCAGGGCGCUUUUAGGGUGGCGAACAAGUAUCUAGCCGAAGCGCAACUACUCACCAGUCAGCUGUCUGCCGACGCUCGACAGCAAUGUCAGGAGCAAAUGACACAGGUGGAGGCUAUGAUACAACGAUGGCAGGGUAUGGAAGCGUGCAUGGAAGAUUUAUUGGUGCCAAAUGAGGAGUGCUGA